AUGUGUCAACAACUCUACGUUACCUACACCUCCUGCACUCACACGUACGUAGGCCGAAAAGAGCGCUGCGAAGAAGCAGGUCUGCCCACGAAAUACCGUGAAUACUGCAAGCCACGCACGGAACCAGUCGCAUGGCGCAAAUACCGGAUAUCCGAAGAGCGGCGUGAGGAGAAAGCUGGGAUUUGUCCUGACUGUGCGAUAUCCCUGCAGAAAGAGAUGGUGCGGCUAUUUAGGGGGCGAGAGCAGGCGGCGAGGGAUGAAGAAGACGCGGAGAAGCAAGGAAAGGCCAGAAUGGCAAAAGAGGGCAAAGUGUGGGCAUUCGGUCUUGUCCGAUACCAAUAG